GUAAAAAGAUAAUUAUAUAGAUGUUUGUCGCAUUACAUGUAUAAAUACAAAUUUUGCCAAGCAAGCCUUGGUGAGCACGUCUGCACGUGUAAGACAACUUAGACUUAAUUAGUAUAUUCUAUAUACAUGCAUAGUCCAUAUGACAUUGAAUCAAGUGCUUAAACAUCCCAUAAUCAAAGUACAAGACGACGAGAAACUCCAUUGCACAACUACUUCCUCACUUCAUUAAUUCGUCACCUCAAACGUCACCAUUUUCUCCUAUUUAAAUCCCCCCCAUUUUCCACUUCUUCACUAUGAGCACCCAACGACUCUCUUCUCUUCUCUAAUCUUUCAUUUCUUUGCAACCCCACUAAAAUUUUCCCAACUCUCUCACCACCGCAAGCUCCCUUACGCGCCACCUUCAGCGAUGGUGAAACCUCGAUUCAUCCUUGUCACAUUCCCGGCACAGGGCCAUAUCAACCCAUCUAUACAAUUUGCCAAGAGACUAACUGCCAUUGGAGCCGAGGUCACUCUCGUAACUUCGCUCUCCGCCUACCGCCACAUGUCGAAAGGCUCAACUCCCGCCGGUUUAUCGUUCUCGCCGUUUUCGGAUGGUUACGACGACGGUUUGAAACCCAGCGACGAUUACCUCCACUUCAGGUCGGAGAUGACCAGUCGUGGAUCUCGAGCUCUCUCCGAUCUCAUCGUCUCUGCCGAAAACGAAGGCCGACCAUUCACUUGCUUGAUUUACACGUUGCUUCUUUCAUGGCCACCAUUGGUGGCUCAAGAACUUCAUGUUCCUUCAGCAAUGCUUUGGAUUCAGCCGGCUACCGUGUUCGACAUCUAUUAUUAUUACUUCCAUGGCUACGGCGAUACUAUCAGGGAGAAGAUUGAAAACCCUUCGUAUUCGAUCGAAUUACCAGGUCUGCCACUGCAGCUCACUGGCCGUGACCUUCCUUCUUUCUUUGACGCUUCCAAUAAUUACCCUUUUGCCAUGCCAUCAUUCAAAGAGCAGUUCGAUUUUCUUGACAAAGAAACCAACCAAAAAAUGCUUGUCAACACAUUAGAUGACUUAGAGCCUGAGGCUUUAAGAGCGAUCGGGAAGUUCAAUAUGAUCGCAAUCGGACCUUUAACUCCAUCAGCUUUCUUGGGUGGGAAAGAUCCGAGUGACAAAGCAUUCGGUUGUGAUCUAUUCAAACGCUCGAAGGAUUACAACCAAUGGUUGAACUCGAAGCCGAAAGGUUCAGUCAUUUAUGUGUCGUUCGGAAGCAUUUGCGUUCUUUCGAAGCGACAAAUGGAGGAAGUAGGAUAUGCUUUGUUGGAUUCAGGCCGUCCGUUCUUGUGGGUCAUUAGAGAAAAAGUAAAGAAAGACGAAGACGACGACGACGAUGAACAAGAAUUGAGUUUUAGAGAGGAAUUGGAGAAGCUGGGGAUGAUAGUACCAUGGUGUUCUCAGCUAGAAGUUUUGUCGAACAAUUCGUUGGGUUGUUUCAUGACGCAUUGCGGAUGGAAUUCGACGUUGGAGAGCUUGGGCUCUGGUCUUCCAGUGGUCGCAUUCCCACAGUGGUCUGAUCAAGGAACCAAUGCAAAGCUGAUAGAGGAUGUUUGGAAGACGGGAAUGAGAGUGAAAGCCAACAAAGAAGGGAUUAUUGAAAGAGAUGAGAUCAAGAAGUGUUUGGAAUUGGUAAUGGGAGAUGGAGAAAAGGGUGAGGAAAUUAGAAGGAAUGCUAAGAAAUGGAAGGAUUUGGUUAGAGAAGCUUCAAAAGAAGGUGGGUCUUCCGAGAGAAAUCUUAAGGAUUUUGUGGAUGAGAUUGUUUAUCCCAAGAAAGUUGUCCCCCCAUAUUGACAUAAAUAGAAUCGGACUUUCCUUUU